UUAAAAAAAAAAGAAAGAUUAGGGAAACUCACGGCUGUUCUCUUUUGACAGUGUGCCAAACGGGAAGAUGAAUUAUCCUCAAACUGACGGGGAAGAAAAAGUGCUGAACGAGGAGCUGGAGUGCAAAAUCUGUUACCAGAAAUUCACCCUCCAGAGUCGCAAGCCCAAACUCCUGGACUGCCUCCACCGAGUGUGCGCAAAAUGCCUGACUAAAAUCCUUCAGGUAGGAAGCGGCUCGCUUCGCAUUAGCUGCCCUUUCUGCCGGCAUGAAACGGAGCUGCGGGAAGAAGAAGUAGAAGGACUCCCCGAUGACUUAAAUAUCUUGUCCAGACUGGUGACCAGAGACAAGUCGACAUGGAAUUCAGAGUGCAAGGAAGUCCUCCUGACCCCAAAGAACUUGGCUUCGUCAAGUCCUUCGCGCGGCUCCUCCAACUGCCUGGUGAUAACCAUCAUGGAAGUACAGAGAGACGCCAGCUGGACUCCCAGUCAAAACAGCCUCUCGGAUUAUUACACAGAUCAAAGCCUGGACUCAGAAUCUGUCAAUUCCACCAACCAGCUGGACCAAGACGUUUUCUCCAAGCUCUGUAAUCAUGUUCCCAGAAUACUAGUGUGGCUGCUUGGGUUUUUUUACUUCGGUUCUUUGCCCCUUGGCAUCUAUUUAUUAGUGAUUCAGAAAGUCACUCUGGGAAUUGUCUGUGUCAGUCUCGUGCCAUCCAGUCUGACCGUGUGUCUUGUGUACGGUUUUUGUCAGUGCCUCUGCCAAGGGAUGUGCGACUGUUCUUCUAGAAAUUGAUGCCAAGCGCAAAAGGGUAUUUUGAGACAGCUCAAAGUCUACACCGGGGUCUUCAAACGUGACAGC